AUGAUCGUGUGUUUGGUGAACAACGUUUUUGGGGCCAUUUUUUGGUAAGAACGGUAGUUUAGGUAUUUUUCUAUGUUUUUGAAGAUGUUUGAGGGCUUGCGUUACUGAAAAGCUUAUUUUGAUUGAUUUAAUGUAGACCGGCAUGGAUAAAAUAGAGUUUAUCUUUAUUUCAAUGUUAAAGUUUUAGUUUUUGAUGGAUUUUCUUGAAAUUUUGUGUAAUUUGAGAUAUUUUAGUGAAGAAUGGAAGUAUCUGUUCAGAAAUGCGGAAUUAAAUGCAGAAACUCUCAGGAAUCACUGUUUUGCGGGCCAUCUCAGAGAUUCGAAUCUCAGAUCUGUUGUUUGGAGAGUAAGUUUGGUUUCUUUGUACUUUAAGUAGUAUUUGGGUUUAUACACGAUAAAAAGGAUGUAUUUUUGAUUAUUUUAUGCGAAAAUUAAUUUAAAAUUUAUUUUUUUAUUCUAAAUGAUGUUAUCUUUGUAGGUAUUGUUAAAAGUGUUGCCAUACGAACGUUUGGAAUGGAGGAGGAUUCUCAAUGACAGAAGAGCUGACUACACUGAAUUAAAGAGGAGAUUGAACACAAAUCCAAGAGCUGAAGUCUUCAUGGACGACCCAAAUUUAAACAAUCCAUUAUCACAGAAGGAUGAGGUAUGUUAUUAUCAGUAAAAUCUGAUUGGUAAUAAUAAGCUUUGCUCUUAAAUUAUGUUGAUAUACUUUGAUGUUUGAUGCUUAUUUUGAAUUUAUUGUUUUGGUAUGAAUGCUGCAAAGAUAAUCUUGUUGAUGUUGCUGUUUUUAGAAUCCAUGGAACCAAUUUUUUAUCGACGAAGGCUUGAGGGAUUCUAUUCAGAAAGAUGUCGACCGAACGUAAGUCGAAAUUUAUAUUAUUUUAUGUUUUUAAAACCACAUUAUGACAUUAAAUAUGAAAUUUUACGUCUGUAUAUGUAAAAUAAUUAAUGUAAAACAUUGUUUAUCAUGAUUAAUAUAGCUCUUUCUAAAUUAUUCACGUUAUCAUGGCAAUUUUAAUAAAUUUUUGUAAAUUAAGUAUAAUUUAGUUGUUAACGUGGUAAAAGCACAAGUUGUUUAACUAGUAAAAUACGGUGUCUUUAUUGAUUGUUGGUUUCAGAUUCCCAGAACUGCAAUUCUUCCAAAGUCACACCACGAAACGAAUUAUGUCGGAUAUAUUGUUCGUGUACUCUAAACAAAACUCACAUGUUUCUUAUCGACAGGUAAGUGAAAACAUCGCUAGGUCUUGCUAUGAAAAGCCCGAUAGGCUUUGACUUGUAAGCUUGCUAGGCCUUCCUAAGAAAAGCUCGCAUGCUUUGGAUAAAAAUUGUAAUUUUAAAAAUUUGCAACAGUAAACUGCGUCGUAUUUUAAACAGAACGUGUAAUAAAUAUUCUAUUUUAGGGCAUGCAUGAGAUUUUGGCACCUAUUUUGUUUGUUAUUUACUUUGAUCAUAGAUCAUUUGAGCACCUCAGCGAGCAAAACGCCUUAACGUAAGUUAAUAUUGUUUAUUAUUUUAUCUUACAGUUUUUUGAAGUUAUAAUUUUGUUAUUUAAUUUUUAAAUAUCUUUAAAAUUUUUGAAAAAUUUUAAAAAAUCAAGUCUAUUUUUUACCUUUUUACCACUAUUUUGCUAAAAUACGAAAUCUACGAAAAAUGUCGAACUUCUGACAGAAAUACACGACUUAUGACAAUCUUGUUUUAGUGGAUUCACGGAUUUCGAACUCGAAACACUAAAGGCAUUGAACGACCCAGCUUACCUUGAACAUGAUGCUUACACGUUGUUCCAGCAACUUAUGUUUCUAUUAGAAGGUUUCUACGCCAAUCACGAUAUGGAUGAUGUUACUUCGAGGAAGGAGAAUCAGCGGCCGUUUCAGUAGUAAGUUGGGCUUUUUUGUCUGGUUAUAACGCUCUUCUAUAUUGUUAUAAGGAGGGCUAUAUGCAAAAUUUUGAUACGCUUUUUGUAGUGUUCUUGAGUAAUUUUUGACCGACUAUGAUCACAUUUAUAUAUGUACGUAUAUGGCUUGUACCGUAUUUUACAAAGCUCAUUUUUAGUCCAAGCUCACCAGGCGACUUUCAAACAGAACUACUGAACAGACUAACCUAUAUUCAUGAAAGGUUAUUACCAGAAGUCGAUUCUCUGCUCUAUAGACAUUUACAUUCUCUCAACAUACCACCACAGUUAUAUGGAAUGUAAGUGUUUUUGGAAAUUUUAAAGGAUUGUCGCCUAAAAUUUGAAUUUUUGAGGAAAAUGUUACCUAAGUUUGAAAUUUAAAGAAUUUUUACCUAAAUUAUGAAUUUUGAAGGAAGUGUUACCUAAAAUUUCAAGGUUUUUUAUAUGAAUUUUAAAGUUUGUUGCUUAAAGGUAUGAUUUAAUAUUGUAGUUUAAAAUUAUUUUAGCCGCUGGCUCCGUCUACUAUUCGGCCGGGAAUUUCCUCUGCAUGACCUGCUAUACCUAUGGGACGUGCUCUUUGCUGAUUCACCUGUUUUGGGACUAUGUGAAGAAGUAUUUCUGGCACUGUUGGUACAAAUACGGCAUUUGUGUAGGUUUUUCUAACGCUAUUUAGGUACUAUAAAGUUAUAUUAUAGUAGGUAUAGCUUUAUGUUAUGAUAGGCUCUAGGGAUUCUUUUUAAACGUUAUUUUUUAGCAGGUAUACCGUUAUAUUAUAGUAGGUGUAACCGUAUGUUAUUGUAGGCUUAAGGGCUUCUAUUCAAAAAUUAUAAUAUAGUAGGUAUAACAUUAUAUUAUAGUAGGUGUAAAUCCUAUUUUGAAAAUAUUUUUCGUUGUUAACACCUUUAUAUGGCCUUCAUAACAACAAUGUAAAGAUUGAAUUUCAAUGUAAACGAUAAAAGUGUAACACAACCACAAGUUCAUAUAUUAUUCAUGGUGUUAAUGCCAUUUCUUUUUAGUGUUAUGUGGGGAUUAUUCCUCUACCUUGCAAUAUUUGAUGAGAUAUCCUCCAACCGCUGACAUUCACGUCUUUGUCCAGCUUGUUUUGCAUUUGAAAGAGCCAAAAGUAGGUUUAUAUUGUUGGUAUCUUUGUAGGUAUUGCCUUAUUUUAGCCGUUUUUUGGUUUAUGUGGGAUAAAAUGGCAUUUUUUGGGCGGUACUGUAGUUUUUUGGGUGGAUACUGUAUUUAAAAUUUGAAAACAAUGUUUAUAGUGUUAGUUGAGGUAUGACAUGAUGACAUUUGAUAUGGUAAAUUUAGUUUUAAAAUUUUUUUAUUUUUGCACCGUGCAAGAUAAAAAACUCUUUAAAAGUGCUCAAAAGAGUAUUACAAUGUUUAUUUUACGCUGUUAAUGCUUAUAUUUGUAUUUCAGAAGUACCCAAAACCAAAGAACCUAGCUCUAUAUUCGCAUCUUACACUCGCCGGCAAAACCCACCCCAAUCAAGACCGGUCGGUGAGCCGAUUUGCCAAUGGAGUUUCGAAUGGCAAACCCAAGUCCAAUGUGCUUAGCAAAAUAGGUAUGUUUUUGCGUUUUUUCUUGCUGAAUUUGAUUUAAAUAUGGCAAUAAAAGUCAAAAAAAGUAAAAAAAAGUUUUUAAAGAAUUUUUCAAAAUUAUUUCUACGAACUUUUUGACUGAAAACCAUGUUUAUUUUUCAGCACGACCCGCCCUAUCAGCCAACUCCACGCCCUUGAUGAAACGCCCCGAGAACGGGAUGAAUGGCGCAGCCGAAAUGGUGCCGUUGAAGCUAGCGGUACCAAUGGACACGGUGAGAGUCGCUUCACAUUGUGUGUAGUGUCGUGAUCCACUAUGUUAUUACCUAUUGUUAUCAUAUAACAGCAUCCUUUCAUAGCCUCAGUUUUUCAAUUUCGUCACGGUUUCUUUCAUUUUGUAGCUGAUUACUGUAGUUUUUUUAUGUUUUAGCUGGUAUACGGUACUUUUUUUUUUUGUUUUUAACAUAUAUACGGUACUUUUUUAUUUUUUAUUCAGGUAUACUGUAACGUGGUGCUACUUUACAUAGGCAUACUUUAUCUUUUUAUUUUGUGGUAACUUUGACAUGUUUUUUCUUUACUAGUCCGGUCAAAAAGUAUUAUAACCAUCUUUUUUUACUUUUAUAGCCGCUAUUUACUUUCUGACCGGGCUAUAGUGUUGGUGCAGGUUUUCUCAAGAAGUAGUGAGUAGAUUUGUAGACUUUUGCUUUCUUAUAGAGCAGUAGGUAAUUACAGAAAUAGAUGACAUUUUAACUGUUAUACAGUAAUUUUUGUUUGUUAAGUUUGACUUUAUCCUUUGAUCCCCUUCCCGUUCUGGUGCUUUGUUUUGCUUUGUGUUACUCCUAUCAUUGAGUGUUGUUUACGUUUUUAAAAGUAUUAAAUAUUCUAUUUAAUUCUGAGUUUUAUACGAUUUUUGGGGGUUUGUUUGGGGUUGAUAAUCGUUUUGUAGGUAUGCAAACCGAAGGUAUAAAAGAAAAAUGUUGUAGUAUAGGUAAAAGAGGUACUUUUAAACCAAGUUUUUCUUGACAUAUAGUACUAUAAAGAUGUUAUAGUAUACGUAAAAGGAGGCAAAAGAUAUACUCUUUAAGUCAAAGCUAGCCCUGUUACUUAGUGAUAUAUAAUUUACUAUAAAAUGUAGUUUUUUCCUAGUUAAUUAACACUAGACAGCUUUGUUUUUAAAAGUUUAAAUUAAAUCUUUUGGUUCCCAUUUGAUUAGCAAAGGUUUCGUUAAUUGUAAACAGUUUGUAGGAAAGAAAUUAAACAAUUCCAUGCGUGAUUUAAACGCCUUUAAGCAAUGGGUUCAAAAAUUGAAUUGCUUUUUUGUAAAAUUUUACAUUUCUAAUGAAUUUACUUGUUUAGAAGGUAUAAAGAAAUAAAGAUAGCCUAAUAAUAUAUAUACAAUGGAGGUAUGCUCAAAAAUAGCAAAAUCGGUUUUAAGUUUAAAGGUUUUUUGGAAACAUCUGUGCUUAUUUUGUUCAUAUUUUAAAGAAAACUGUCAUUUAUAAAAAGCAAAAGCACCAUUUUACUUAUUAUAUUAAGAGUUACACUGUGUUUUUGUGACGUGAUACGACGAAAUCUUCUAAAAAUACAUUAUUUUUGCAUAAUACUUCAAAAUCUAUGUUUGUAUCAUGAAGCUGACAAAGCCCUUCAUAAAUGUAGUGCUAAUACUUUAUAAAAUAAAUAUUGUAGUAGGCAUAUAGGUAAAACUUCAGUGUCAAGAGGAUGGUACAAACUUACAAAUUGUGGUAGUAAAUUUAAAUUUGUAGUACAGAGAAACCUCUUCAAUAUGACCCUCGAUAGUAUGACAUCCUGUUUAUGAUUACAGCUUGUUGACCUUAUCAAAAAGUACCCGGGUAGUUUGAUACCCUGGCUGUAUAAGAAGGACAUGUUUGGAGCAACCCCUUUAGUGUCAUACUUGCUGUCUUUUCAUUCUUUUUGCCGUUCCCAUAUCCAUGGGAAUCCGGGUACCCUCUGGCAUUUAUUUUUCCCGGGUUUUAUUUGUUUCAACGUGCCAGUAGUCCAGUGGUUAGGACGCUGCUCUCCCAAGGCAGAGGCCCGAGUUCGAAUCCCGGUUGGCGCAAACCUUUUGUUUUGCCAGAAAUUAGCAGAAAGUGAAAUCUUUUUAGUAUGACCUUCGAUAGUAUGACAUCCUGUUUUUAGUGACAGCUUUUUGACCGCCCUUUGUAAUAGAACACCUAUCAAAAAGUACCUGGAUAAAGCAACACCCAGGGUUUCCAAGGACCUGGUUAUAAGGAAAGGCUUGGCCCAGUGCCUUGAGUGUCAUACAGAAGAGGUUUGACCGUAAUAUAAUUAAUUAUAUGUUUGUACUUUUAAAAACUCAAAAAUUUUGUUGAUAUUAUCAUUACUUUUAAAAAAACUUAAAAUUGUAGUAAUAUUACCAUCAAUUUUUGAAAACUCAAGAUCCCCAUUAGUAACAUUGAAGAAAACACUUUUCAAAGAUGUUUAUGAGUAUGUUGUCAUCCCUAUUCAAGCGGAUUGACGCACGUCUCUGACGUUCAAAACACCAUUAUCCCCUCCCGAAAAUCCGCGAUUCUAAUUUGGUUAAUGUUGGUAUUCCACGGUGGUCACGCCACUUGUUGGGCGUGGCAGUUUUUAAUCAAAUUAAAGACUUUCACCUUACUUUAAUUAAGAUUUCAGUAAAUCUGGAAUUAGAUGUAAACAUGUCGUUAACGUCCUUUUCUGCUCAGAUUAGAAGGGUUUGGAUUAGGGUGGAUGAAAAUGGGUGUUUAAAAGUGGCAAUGGAAGAAUAAUACAUCUAAUCUGGCGUAUUUUUAGUUUUCUUUUCAUAUCUUUUGGUUUUAGUUUUAAAAUUUUUUUGUUUUAGUAUCUUGUGCCUUUAGCCGUUAAGCACAAAUUACUAAAGCAGUGGUACGCUGGGGUGGUAAGUUUUAAAAAACCUCUACCUGCCUUGUAAACUCAAAAUUUUUACUUCCUCUUGGCCAAAAUUGACUGCUGUUUAAGAUAUAUGACUAAAAUCGACCGUUGCUUGAGAUAUAACAUUUUACUGUAUCCCUGGUGACUAAAACUGACGUUUUUUCAUAUUGUAGCAGCUAAAAAAACUGAAAGACACCUGUAACGUUAUUGAUGCCUAGGUAAACCUUUAAAAUUCUAUACAGUUUUAACACAUAACAUUUAAAAAGGCAUUUAAGACCCAAAAAUAAAUUGACCAAACAUUACUUUUCAAGAAACAAAGUACUUUAAUUUUUACACGGAACUUAUUACUAUGUCAGUAAAAGCUUGUAAAUAUUAGGUUGCUCACAUAAUUCUGCGCCUCUAACUCCGCGAAUUUACUUUGAGAAAGGGCACAAAAUUAUGUGAACAACGUAUUAGUAAAAAAUUGUAAAUAGUCAAAUUGUAAGGUUUAGAAGUCCUUUUAUUUACUUACUGUCUAUAUUAUUAAAGGUUAGCUCUACUUACCUCUAUAUGAUUAAAAAUGGAAGUAAGUUGAGCAUAAACAAGGUUUGGAAUACAUAAUAGUUGCCACACAAUGGUCUUAUAAUCGAAUUAUUUUCCGAAACCUUUUUUGGGAAUAUUUUUUUUGGUGUACUUUUACUUUAGAUUUGUAUACUUUAACAAACAUGCGUGUAUAUUGUUGUACUUGGGUACUGUGUUUGAGUUUUAAUGUAAUUGAGUAUUGUUUUUAAGUUUUCCCUUAUUUUUUCUUUCUCUUUGUGUUAGUACUUAAGAUACUAUUCAUCAUUUACAUUGUCCUUUGUCGUAAGACCCUAGUACUGCAAAUGUCAUAGCACCAUAGUACUCACAAUAGCAAAAGUACAGAUUUUUUUGUCGCUUAUUUACUUCGGACAACUCAAUUGUGCUAAAAAUUAUAACAAAUUGUUCAAAUAAUUCUGUGCCCCUAACCUCUAUAAUUUGUUUUCAAAGAGGACACAGAAUUAUUUGAACAACCUAACAAUACCCUUCGUACAUUACUCAUUUGUCACAGUGCUAUACCCCAAAGCUUACUUUACGUCAACCCCAAUGCAAUUACAGUACCCCAAACCCCCAAAAAUUAAUGUAACUCAACCCCCAAAAAAUUACAGUACCACCCCCGGAAUAAAAUUACAGUACCCUAAUUUCAGAACAAUGCGGAGCCGGACCUGGAGUUGAUGAAAGAGCAGAUCUGCAUAUUGCAAUCUCGUCUCAAUGAUGCUGAUUUGAAGGCCAGAAAAGCGGCCAAAGAUCUGCUGGAAACAGCUGAAUAUCUAGAACAAAAAGAAGAGAUUGGGAACCAAGAACUGUGCACAAUAGCUGAUGAGUUGAGAGAAAUGGCAUUAGUUUUGAGGAAUGACAUGUUGAUGGAGAUGGAACGGCGAAGGGCUGACAGUAUUGUAGGUUUUUGAUGCCUGUUUGUUUGGAAGUUUGGAAGAUUAUAACAAUUGUUUUAGAAUCGCCGCCCAAUGACAGCUGAACACUUUCAACUGAUCCAAAUGAAUCAAGACCCUGUAGCAAACGUUCAGCCAGCUAAAGCAACUCCCAGGUCCGGUGAAAUGGUGGAAUUACACUUUGCAAGAAAAAAGAAUUUCUAA